AACGGCGUCAUCUUCAUAGUGGCAACCAACCAGGAGCUUGUUGGGAAACUUUUACCUUAAACGAUUGAUUAGAUUAACAGAUUAAUAAAGGAGAAAAAUAUGGAUAAACUCAAAUACAUACUAGAAUCAUAUGAAACAUGGGUUUCCCAGAAUCCCGACAAGGUAGGCGAUAUUGAAACCACAUCCAAAUGGGCCUCUUAUUUUAUUGCAGGACGCAUAUCCGACUCCUCGGUGGCCACCGAAUUGGUCUAUUCACUAUCGAAUCUGUUCGUGUUGUAUAAUGAUCGUAUUAUAGCCAAAAAACGUCCUGAAAUUGCACACACCAAUGAUGGAAUUGUAGAGUCAUCGAAUGGGCCGUGCUAUCGUCUAAAGGUCAUGUUGACCACACUUGAAUACUGUGAAGUUUUUAUUGAGAUUUCAGCCAAAAAGUUAUUCGGCGUAAAGGGUAAAUGGAUUUUCGUGGCCAUAUUACAAUGUCUGAAGGCAGCUGGGAGAUUUUUCAUACUUAAACAUUCCACAGAGCGUAUUAUAACCACACCAGCAUUGCCGGUAUUGAAUAGGAAAAAGAUGUCAAAGAAAAAUGCAAAUGCAACAACAGCAACAAAUCAAAUGACCAUGGAUGAACACAGUGUGACAAUAAAACUUAAACGCUCUGGCCGAAUUAUGCGAAAAGUUGAGGGUGCUCCACCAUUACAGUUCCGUAGCUUUAAGCUGCAAGAAGAGGUAUUGAGUGUACAAAAACAACACCAUCCCAAGGGUCUAUUGCAGGCUGAAUAUCUGUAUAUAGCCAAGCCUUUAAUACACUUGGCGUCGAUGGGUGUGUUCGGAGAGAAAUCCUGGAAACAAUUGAUGGUAUCAUUGGCUGUCGAUUUAGCUAGCAUCAAAAUGUAUCAUGCCAAUCGUCAACACAUGUCCAAGGAACAGCAAAGGAUACUGUCUCAUCGUUGUCUCAAUUUGUGCAUGUAUUUGAUGCGCUCCCCAGUCUAUGAAAGUUUCACACAAUCUCGUCUGGAGGGUUUACUCAAUCUACUGGCCAAAAUACCAAUUGCCAAAAUGGUGGCCGGACCCCUAAAAGAUUAUAUACCACACUGGCAAUCAAUGUAUUUCUAUAUUUGGUCGACAUAAAUUUUGUAGUUUAGUUUAGAAAUAGUUUUGAUACCAUAGCAAAGUAGUCGGUGAAAAGUUUUAUAUUUUAUAAAUAGGAAGUAUGGUUACAUACUGUAAGCUUGAAAAGUGUAUUAUUUUUAUAUAUAUUCAUACGAACGAUUUCGAUUUGAUUAUUGUAAUAAAACAAAUUGAAAACUUAUAAA